UCUUUCGUUUCCUUGGAGCGAGGUUUUAGGUUAGAGAGAUACAGUACAUGUAAGGUGGACUCGCUCGGGAUUUACCACCCACACCACCCCUGGAGCCCAGUCAGGCGCUUGAGUUCAAGGAGAGGGGUGAUAUUGACACUCUUUUCUCUCACUCGACCCAGUCCAUCGGGCUUGCGGUUCCUGUUGGUGAUGAGGUUGUCGUGUCUGGAGCGUUGGCACAUGUGCCCAAGGCUCUCUUCACGAGAGAUUUUGUGAUUUCCUCGCUACUUUGGACCUGCUAACCUUGGAUCUGACAAGAUGAUUGGUUGUCUCCAGAAGGACAUAGUAGAUAUAAGAGCAAGAGAGGUGGUGUUGGCCCCUUCACAUCAUCUUGAAGGAGAAACCAUGCAAAAGUAGAACAAAGAAGGUGACGCUAUAUGUAACGUGUCUGUGGUUACUUGAUGGAUGGCUCUCAGUUUAUUGGCCUAUCAUCAUGGUUAUGCUCAUGUCUGUUGCCUUUGGCGGUGUUUUUUUUUGUCAGCUUACUACCAGCCCAUAAGGGCUCAUUUGUGAUGUUGAGACUCAUAUGACGACACACUGUAGGAGUGGCGUGUUGGGAGUGUCCAUUUUGUUUUUAUGGUUGUGUGACCUUGUGGUUUGCUAGUAGUCCACUUGCCUCAGGGGGUUGUGACUUGGUUGCCUUUUGUGGGCAAGUCUAUCCGGAAAUUCUCUUGUUAAUGGGUGAGGUAAAUCCUUUGCCUCCUUUUUUAAAAUACAAAAAGAUACAUCUAAGGCUUGUAUCUGGGAUAAUGUGGAUAAGCACACCGUCACGUGCCACACGGUCUGACGUUCAAACCCUAUUGUGGAAAGGAAAUGUAUGCGCGAAAAGAGUUGUCUGGCGACGAGUCAGGCGACCUCGUCGCUGGCCGCAUCAGGAAACGCCGGCGACGGGAGUUUCAGGCCUGGAGGGCGGUUCUGGGUUCUGGCUGACAGUGACGAUGAGGAGGAGGCCCUCGCCACCGACGGAUGCGGACAGGAUCGAGGCCGCCAGGAGGGUUGCCCGUCAAAGAAUAUCGGCGUCGUCUGUGCGGCCGUGGCAGGGUCCUCUUCCUAAGGUUAUCUUCAAAAUUACCGCACUGAUCCGCACAUGGUCGUUACUCACUCCUGUGGCAGCCAGGGAGCAUAUGGUUGCUGGGUGUGCCCGUUGGAAGAUGGUAGCACAGGAUAUCUUCAGCCGGUUUGGAUGGCGACAUUUUAAUAGGAUAGGUGUUUGAACAUCUAGAUCUUUUAGUCAUCUCCGGCUUUGGCGCGAAGCUCGCUUGUAUUUUUAUUUUUUACUCUUUGUUACUUUUAGUUGUACUCUGUCGACACUUGUUUUGGUUUAAUAUAUGGCUGCAUGCAUCUAUUGAUGCAGAGGCCGGGGCUAAGCCUUCUUUUCAAAAAAACGUGCCACACGGUCUAGGGAGUUCUUAGGAUUGAUGUCCCCGCCAUAGUAAAAUAAGGAAUGAGUCUCCAUCGCGGUGGUGCGUCUCAAGGAAGGUGGAUGUUUUUUUACGAUGGAGGUGUUGAAAAUAUGCCAUAGAGGUAAUAAUAUUGUAAUAUUAUAUUUUCAUAUUCAUAAUUAUGAGUUAUAUUCAAUGGUA